GCGCAGCUAGGGCAUCCCCACGCUCCGCCGCACUCGGAUUCUUUCCAGCCCCAGACGCCGAGGGAGAGGUGAGAGAGGAAGGACGUUGCGACAUCCAACACGAUGGGGAAGACUCGUGGUAUGGGAGCUGGGCGCAAGCUCAAAACUCACAGGAGAAGGCAGAGAUGGGCAGACAAAGCAUACAAGAAAAGUCAUCUUGGCAAUGAAUGGAAGAAGCCCUUCGCUGGUUCUUCGCAUGCCAAGGGUAUUGUCCUUGAGAAGAUAGGUAUCGAAGCUAAGCAGCCCAACUCUGCCAUCCGGAAGUGUGCGAGAGUUCAGCUGAUAAAGAACGGGAAGAAAAUUGCAGCCUUUGUACCAAAUGAUGGUUGCUUAAAUUUCAUCGAGGAAAAUGAUGAAGUCUUGAUUGCUGGAUUUGGACGUAAGGGCCAUGCGGUGGGCGAUAUCCCUGGGGUGAGGUUUAAGGUUGUGAAGGUCUCAGGUGUGUCCCUGUUGGCAUUAUUCAAGGAAAAGAAAGAGAAGCCUCGGUCUUGAUGCUUUAUGGCAUUAUUCCGAACGAACCAGUUAGUCAUUUGUUUUAAAUGUCUUUUUUCAUGGUCUCCGGUGAACUGUCUUUGAAGAUGUUUUAUGGUGUCUGUUUGUCAGCAUUGCUACCUGCUCGACCACCAUGGAUGCUUUUUUUUUGUAGUUUAUGCCAGUGUUGUCAUUUCCUCAUCGAUCUAGAGCUUUAAGUAA